UUUUGCACCUCCACGCCUGAUUUAAACACGGAGGUCAAAGGUGAGGCUGGUUGGCAAGUAUUUUGGCGUAAACCCCGCCUACUAUAUGACGUCAACACCUUGCCUGUGAUUGGCUGGCGUCUCAGCUCGAGCGUUGCAACAGUAACCCACACGUUCCUCAAGUCGUGUUUUGAAAGGUGAGAGCGCUUUUUCAACAUUUCGACUUCAGACGUGAAGAAGGGAAGAAGUCGGGGGUCUUCUCAUGAAGAACGGCUUCAAAACGGAGGACUUCACGCCUUCGCUGAUUGGUGGAUUUAUUUGAACAAGCUGCAGAUACAGAGAAGAAUCCCUGCGUGAAUGUGUCUGGGUUUUUUGUACGUGAGAUUGAAUGAAGGUGGACCUGCAGCAGCUGGAAGAAGAAGACAUUUGAAAAAAAGAUGGAGCAGGUCGUCUCCGUGGACCGGAACAUCCUCUGCCUGUUUGACGUGGACGGUACUCUGACACCACCGCGAGAGAAAAUAGACCCACGGCUGGAUGAGUUCUUCCAAACCCUUCGAUGCAAAGUCAAGAUUGGUAUCGUUGGAGGGUCCGACUACGCCAAGAUAGCAGAGCAGCUCGGGGAAGGAGACGAUGUCAUACGCAAGUUUGACUAUGUGUUCGCUGAGAAUGGCACAGUGCAGUACAAAGAUGGAAAGCUCCUUUCAAAGCAUGCUAUCCAGAACCACAUCGGGGAGGAGCUCCUGCAGGACCUGAUCAACUUCUGCCUGAGGUACAUGGGGCUCAUCAAACUACCAAAGAAAAGGGGAACCUUCAUUGAGUUCAGGAAUGGAAUGCUAAACAUUUCCCCCAUCGGUCGGAGCUGCACCUUGGAGGAGCGAAUCGAAUUCUCUGAAAUUGAUAAGAGAGAGAAAAUCAGAGAGAAAUUUGUUGCCGCUUUGAAAGAGGAAUUUGCUGGGAAGGGACUGAGGUUCACAAAAGGUGGACUCAUCAGCUUUGAUGUGUUUCCAGAAGGCUGGGACAAGAGGCUAUGCCUAGAUCUGCUCCAAAGUGAAGGUCUGGGCGCCAUCUACUUCUUUGGCAACGAGACGUCAGAUGGAGGAAACGAUUAUGAAAUCUUUAACGACCCACGGACCAUCGGCUUCACAGUUUACUCUCCGGAAGACACCGCCAGGCUUUGUCGAGAACUUUUCCUCAGUGAUCCGUCACAUGAGUCCUGAUGUCGCGUUCUUUUCCAAGAGAGCUCUGAUUCUGCUGAGAGUUUAUUAUCUGCUGAUAGACAACAAGCGGUUGGUUGUUUGUGAACUCCUCGAAUGCACCACUACUACCAUAUUAUUAAUAGAUAACUCAUAUUUGAAUGAACGGCACAUGAAAGUAUCACUUUAUGAGAUAUUCUGCUGUUUAUCCAAGUACUAGCAUGUUUUGCACUGAGGUUUUUAUUCAUUGUUGCUGAAAUCUUUUGUUUUGUGUGUCCACGUUAAAAUAAUAGAACUCUUUGUCUCCUUCAGGACAUGCAAAAACAGUCCAGUGUCUCUGAGCUGGAUGUUAUGUAUUGGUGUUACUGAACGUUUAUAUUCUGAAGAUGCUGGGAUUUGCUUGCUUGUAUUGGAAAAUUGGAGCAACUAUUUUAAAGCAGAAUUUGUCCAGUGUUAUUUAUAUUUCAAUGUACAGCACAUGAAGCUCCUGUGACCAACUUGCAAACUUGAUCACAACUUUGUAUAUGAAGCUGUGUCAUGUCCUGCACGCCGUUUAACGGGCGACCAUGUGUUGAUUCGUAUCCUUUACACUCACUGACCAUAAUGUCAAAUAGUUGCUACUGUGCAGAGAAAGCUAUAAUAAUGACAAACAAUGAGUGUUACUGUGUGUCUGUGUAUUAUACUCUAAAUAUUUCGUUUGACAGCUACAAGAUGUAUGUAGCGUACACAGCUAACUGUACGAUUAAUUUAGCUGUUUUUCAUUCGUAAUGAAAUGAUUUGCAUAAAAUGAUUUUGAUAAAUCACUUUAUAUAUUUCACAAAGCUCAGAUGUAUUGUGUGUUCAAACAGAGCAUCAUAAGAGAGUAACCAUACACUCACAUGUACAGUU